AUGGCUUCUCGGCGCCUCGCUCUCAACCUGAACCAGGCUCUCCGCACUCGUGCGGCCCUGAAGUCCAUCCAGCCCGUCAAGCGUGGCUUUGCGUCCCCGGUUCUGCCGUCCACCACCCAGUCCACCACCCUCUCCAACGGAUUCACGAUCGCCACUGACCACUCCCCAUGGGCUCAAACCUCCACGGUCGGCGUGUGGAUCGAUGCCGGUAGCCGGGCAGAGACUGACAAGACCAACGGAACCGCGCACUUCCUCGAGCACCUUGCCUUCAAGGGCACCAACAAGCGCUCCCAGCACCAAUUGGAACUCGAGAUUGAGAACAUGGGCGCCCACCUUAACGCCUACACAUCGAGAGAAAACACCGUCUACUACGCCAAGGCCUUCAACAACGAUGUCCCCAAGGCCGUCGAUAUCCUCGCUGAUAUCCUUCAGAACUCCAAGCUUGAGGCUAGCGCCAUCGAGCGUGAGCGUGAUGUGAUCCUGCGCGAGCAGGAGGAGGUUGACAAGCAGCUCGAGGAGGUCGUCUUCGACCACCUGCACGCCACCGCUUACCAGGCCCAGCCCCUUGGCCGCACCAUCCUCGGCCCCAAGGAGAACAUCCAGACCAUCACCCGGGACAACCUGACCGAGUACAUCAAGACCAACUACACCGCUGACCGCAUGGUUCUCGUCGGUGCCGGUGGCAUCCCCCACGAGCAGCUCGUUCGCCUCGCCGAGGAGCACUUCGGUGCCCUCCCCAGCAAGCCCCCUACUUCCGCUGCCGCCGCCCUCACUGCCGAGCAGAAGCGCCUGCCCGAGUUCAUCGGUUCCGAGGUCCGUCUCCGCGACGACACCAUCCCCUCCGCUCACAUCGCUCUCGCCGUCGAGGGUGUCAGCUGGAAGGACGAUGACUACUUCACCGCUCUGGUCACCCAGGCCAUCGUCGGUAACUGGGACCGUGCCAUGGGCCAGUCCCCCUUCCUCGGCAGCAAGCUCAGCUCCCACGUCAGCCACCACAACCUCGCCAACAGCUUCAUGAGCUUCUCCACCAGCUACAGCGACACCGGUCUCUGGGGUAUCUACCUCGUCAGCGAGAACCUCACCCAGCUUGAUGACCUGAUCCACUUCACCCUCCGCGAGUGGUCUCGUCUCUGCAACAACGUCACCUCCGCCGAGGUUGAGCGUGCCAAGGCCCAGCUCAAGGCUUCCAUCCUCCUGUCCCUUGACGGCACCACCGCCGUCGCCGAGGACAUCGGCCGCCAGAUCAUCACCACCGGCCGCCGCCUCAGCGCUGAGGACAUCGAGCGCACCGUCAGCCAGAUCACCGAGAAGGACGUCAUGGACUUCGCUACCCGCAAGCUGUGGGAUCAGGACCUUGCCAUGUCCGCUGUUGGCAGCAUCGAGGGUAUCCUCGACUACCAGCGCAUCCGUGGAGACAUGUCCCGCAUGAUCUCUUAA